AUGUCCUCCCAGAGAACAUACCAGUCUGCCAUCGAGCAUUUGAACUCACUGCAGUCAAAUGCAGCAACUCUGGAGGCAGUACGCGCCUCUGGCUCUAGGAUGCCGGAACACGCGAUUCCAGAGAUGCAGGAGUAUCUCAGAAGAAUUGGAUAUGCACCUGAGGACUUGAACAAACUAAAUGUCAUACAUAUCACCGGGACCAAGGGGAAGGGCUCGACAAGUGCCUUUUGCGACUCUUUGCUGCACCAAUCAAUGCCUAGAUGGUCAAUAGGUCUCUUUACCUCCCCGCACUUGGUCGCGGUUCGGGAGAGAAUUCGGAUAAAUGGGCAACCUAUAUCAGAAGAGGCUUUCGCUAAAUAUUUCUUCGACGUAUGGGAUAAACUCGAGGCAAACGAUGCCAGAGCCAACCCCGAUACCCCUCCGAAACCAAUGUACUUCAGAUUCUUGACAUUAGUUGCUUUUCACGCGUUUAUUGACCUCAAGGUAGACGCUACUGUGCUCGAAGUCGGCGUCGGCGGUAAAUAUGACUGCACGAACCUGGUCCCUAAACCAGUUGUUGCCGGAGUGACUUCCCUCGGAAUCGAUCAUAUAUUCGUUCUUGGCAAGACAUUGUCAGAAAUAGCAUGGCAGAAGGGCGGUAUAUUCAAGGAAGGGGCCCCUGCAUUUACGGUCAAUCAACCUGAAGAGGGUUUAACGAUGUUACGACAGCGUGCAGAAGAACUCAAGGCAUCUAAAUUUGUCGUCGUCCCGCCCGCCCCAGAGGUAGCCGACAUCAAGCUUGGCCUCGCCGGUGUGCACCAAAUUCAGAAUGCUAACCUUGCUGUACACAUUGUGCGAGAGUUCCUCGAAUCCCGGGGGGUGCCAUUACCAAAUGAUGGCUCUCUAUCUCCGGCCUUCAUUGAGGGCCUUGAGAAAGCUCGGUGGCCCGGACGUUGCCAGACCGUUCAAGACCCCAAAUAUGAGACAACGACCUGGUUCAUCGAUGGCGCACAUACGACCGAGAGUUUGGAUUGCUGCAUCCAAUGGUUCGUUAGCCCUGGCGUGGGUAUUGGGUUCUCGAGUCCGCCCACUCGGAUACUCGUAUUCAAUUGCACAAGCGGAAGAUCGGGCGACGCAUUCCUUGGAGGGAUUCUCGCUAAAGCAGCGGCCCAGCUGAAGCUUCACAAUCAAAACGACACGGACGCAACUCAUCUAUUCGAUCACGUAAUUUUCUGUACGAACGUGACAUACGCUGAUGGUGGUUUCAAAGGUGACCUUACAUCGCAUGCCAUCUCGAACGAUGACCUAGUGCAGCUGAAGACCCAAAGAAUGCUCGAGGCAGCCUGGACCUCGCUCGUCCCAGAGUUCCCGAAAUCCAACAUCCACGUCCUUCCUUCUAUAGAACACGCCGUAAACACCAUCCGGCAAGUGGACCGCGAGUCCGAUACAAAGCAAACUCAAGUUCUGGUCGCUGGUAGUCUACAUCUGGUUGGUGGCGUCAUCGAGGUUGCUGGACUAUCCGAGGUCGCUUUAUAG